UCAGUUGUCACUUGUCAAACAUUUUUCUUGUUUACCUUUGCAUGUAAAUGUUUAUGCCUACUUAAUAAUUGAAAUUAGAAAAUUGUAGAUUUUCCGACUAUUUUUUUAUAAAAAUCGUGGAAAAAAUGACCACCACAACGGUCGCAAAUGAGGAACGGCUUCUAAUCGAUUGGGGUAACGAAAAACUAUACAGAACACAAAAACAAGUAGAGAAAAAUCCAUAUGACCUAGAAGCUUGGUCGAUUCUCUUAAGAGAAGCCCAGGGCAAGCAUAUUAGUGAGGUUCGGGCACUCUACGAACAUCUUAUCACUAUUUUUCCUAGUGCUUCCAGAUACUGGAAGGUUUACAUAGAACAUGAAAUCAAGGCAAGGAGCUUUGAAAGAGUGGAAAAGUUAUUUCAAAGAUGUCUCAUGAAGAUUUUGAAUAUUGAAUUAUGGAAACUAUAUUUGAGCUAUGUGAAAGAAACAAAAGCCUCUUUGCCCACUUACAAGGAAAAGAUGGCGCAAGCUUACGAUUUUGCUUUGGAUAAAAUUGGCAUGGACAUACAUUCGUUUAGCAUUUGGAAUGACUACGUGAAUUUUCUAAAAGGUGUCGAAGCCGUGGGUUCAUAUGCCGAGAAUCAGAAAAUUGGUGCGGUCAGGAAGGUUUAUCAGAGGGGUAUUAUCACUCCAAUGACUGGAAUGGAGACAUUGUGGAAGGACUAUAUUGCAUUCGAGCAAAAUAUCAACCCAAUAAUCGCAGAGAAAAUGAGCAUAGAAAGAAGCAGGGAUUACAUGAACUCAAGAAGAGCAGCUAAAGAAUUGGAAGUUCAAAUUAGAGGUAUUAAUAGAAACGCUCCCAGUGUACCACCUAAUGGAAGCCCCGAAGAGAAAAAACAGGUUGAGUUGUGGCAAAAAUACAUUGCUUGGGAAAAAGGCAAUCCGCUACGCACAGAAGACACCGCCUUACAUACGAAACGGGUAAUUUUCGCAUUGGAGCAAUGCCUGUUAUGUUUGGGACAUCAUCCCGAUAUUUGGUAUCAGGCCGCCCAAUUUCUCGAGCACAGCAGUAAGAUUUUGGCUGAAAAGGGUGACAUAAAUGCAUCAAAAUUAUUUAGCGAAGAGGCUGCGAACGUAUUUGAAAGGGCGACCAGUACCGUUUUAAACCGAAAUAUGCUUUUGUAUUUUGCUUACGCAGAUUACGAGGAGGGCCGGUUAAAAUACGAAAAAGUCCAUCAGAUUUAUUCGAAAUAUUUAGAUAUUAAGGAUAUAGAUCCCACAUUGGCUUACAUACAAUAUAUGAAAUUUGCAAGAAGAGCCGAGGGUAUCAAGUCGGCCAGAGCGGUAUUUAAAAGGGCCAGGGAGGACCCGAGGUCUAAGUAUCAUAUUUUCGUAUGUGCCGCCCUUAUGGAAUAUUAUUGUUCAAAGGAUAAAAAUAUAGCAUUCAGGAUUUUCGAAUUGGGAUUGAAGAAGUUUAGCGCUGUUCCGGAAUAUGUGACUUGUUACAUCGAUUAUCUCUCUCAUUUGAACGAAGAUAAUAACACGAGGGUGCUUUUUGAACGCGUUUUAUCUUCGGGAAGUUUGGAAAAUGAAAAAUCUGUUGAUAUUUGGAACAAGUUCUUGGAAUUCGAGUGUAACAUCGGCGAUCUCCAGUCUAUCGUUAAAGUAGAGAAACGAAGAUCCGAUGUCCUAUCGAAAAUCAAAGAGUUCCAGGGAAAAGAAACUGCUCAGUUAGUCGACAGGUAUCGAUUUAUCGACUUGUUCCCUUGUACACCUCAGGAGUUGAAAAGUAUCGGUUACACUGAAGUAAUAAACAUCACAGGUGCCGCCGGUAUGAACCACAUUCUUCACUCUAUUAUCAGUCAAGAAAUCGAAAUGCCUCUACCUAAGCCAGAUUACGCUCAAAUGGUUCCUUAUAAACCCAAAACAAAUCCUUUGCCUGGUGAACAUCCUGUACCAGGUGGAUCUUUUCCUAUGCCUCCCUCAGCAGCCUACCUGUGCACAUUGUUACCGCCACCACAUUGCUUCAGAGGACCAUUUGUUCACAUUGACAUACUGAUGGACAUUUUCAACAGGAUUUAUCUUCCUGAACAAGUUCCUGCUCCGACUGAACACGGUGACGUACGACUAUUCGACAUCGCGAAAUCAGUUCAUUGGAUAAUCGAGGAAAACGGCGGACUCGGCAUUAAAAGAAGAAAGAAGAUCGGCCUGGCAACGGACGGAUCUGACGACGAAGAUAUGCAGUUGCCCCCCAUGAACGAUAUUUAUAGGCAAAGACAACAGAAAAAAGUUAGAAUUUGAAUGUUUGUUCAAUAUUCAUGUUUGCUGUCUACAUAAAAUAAGUUUUCAAAUAAAAUGCUAUUCAUUCCUCUUUUA